CAGGAAGCCCUUUCAGGUUUCUGCAGUGGGCUGCUUAACUCUGACAGUCACAGUUGAAGCCGCUCAGGCUGUUUCUGUUGGUCUGUGCGCAGAGUCUGUUAUCAAAUGUAUUUUAGCAAAAAGGCAGACAUAUGCUGGACACCCACUGCGGCAGGCGUCCGUGUUGUACCAGUCGUCUCUGAAGUCCCUCGUUAGCUGCAGAGAGAGAGGGAACGGCCAUGCCUCUGCUGUGAUAAUGGAUCGCAAGACCACCGGCAGAAACGGGAAGAAAAGGUGCAGCAACUAUAAAAACGUGUCGGAGCCCGAGUACGACGUGGUGGAUGACCCGGAAGUGACUCAUGCGCGCAUACUUCCUGCCAGGCCCAUGCAUGAUGAGAGAGAGUAUGCAGAUAGGGAUCUCCCGAGGGCACAGUCGGCUACGAUACUCCCAUCACUCUGCGCCGCCAACGUGCCGCAGAGGGAAAUCCCACCUCCUUCAGUCAGCGGUCCUGCAGUAAACCGGGACCUUAAACCAGGCAGAAGAAAGUUCAGAUUAGAUAAGAAGCCCUUGCCUUGGCUACCAGUAGAGCAGCGCUCACACAGGCGAUCUCCAUCACCUCCGACGGAGAUAGUGAAUCAAUUGCCUUGGCUGGCGAUAGACGAAUGCUGCAGGAAAGGGCGGCAGAGAGAGACUAAAAAAGCUGAACUCAGUUUAAAACCCAAAGGUCUGCAGCGUGCUGAUAGUGUUUCAUCCCUUCAUUCCAACCUAAAAAAUUCUCUGGAUUUGGAAACUCAUCAUUUAGAAAGAAGUUCACAACAAAGUAUAGAGAGGGGGCGAUCAAAACGUCAUCACCACGAGUGGCCUCAAACCAAAGGAGACGUUGACCAGCAUGACUUUGUUCCAAUGGAAAAGCCUCAACAGACAAACAGCGAAGAAGACUGGUAUGUUGGGGCUUGUACUCGAGCAGACGCUGAACACGCCUUACACCUGGUAAACAAGGACGGAGCCUUUUUGGUACGAGACUGCUCCACGAACACCAACGGGGAGCCCUUUGUGUUGGCCGUGUAUCACGAGAAGAAGGUUUACAAUAUCAAAAUCCGGUUCAUCGUGAGCUCCGGCAAGUACGCCCUGGGAACGGGGCAGCGGUCGAGCGAUCUGUUUGACUCUGUAGCAAACAUCAUCAAGAUACACUCCAUAUUCCCAAUAAUGCUCGUCAGCGGGAGGACCAUGCCCCGAAGACAAGGCCCAGAAACCUGCGUGCUGACGUUUCCCGUGACAAAAGAGGAUCUCGUCACACUGCUGGAGUGACGCGUGAAGAUAAUCGGCUCAAUCUGUCAUGGAAAAGAAAAAAAGCUCAGGCGCUCAGCCUUUAUGUUUUUAAGUGUUAAUGAAAGACAGUGGAAUGAUGUCAUAGAUUUAGCUGUUUGGCAAUGGAAAAUAACCACCAAAUUACCACUGAAGAUCAACAGCAGCCUGUUUGGAAAAAGAUGCCUGAGUAAACAACUUGUGAGUGUUUACCUGUGUCAAAUAAAAAGAACGUCUGUACCGUCUCAUUA